AUGAACAUCGUAGAAUGGGCCUUCGGAAAGCGCAUGACGCCGGCGGAGCGACUGCGGAAACACCAGCGCGCACUCGAGAAGACGCAGCGAGAGCUAGACCGCGAGCGCGUGAAGCUCGAGAACCAGGAGAAGAAGCUGGUGGCAGAUAUCAAGAAGAGCGCGAAGAAUGGCCAAAUGGGACCUCUGCGCAUCCAGGCAAAGGAUCUGACAGUACGCAGUAAUGAGCAGAUGAUGCAAUCUAUGAAGGGUGCAACGACACUGCUUGGGAGCAUGAACAGGCAGAUGAACCUUCCCGCGCUUCAACGCAUUGCUAUGGAGUUUGAAAAGGAGAACGAUAUCAUGGACCAGAGGCAGGAGAUGAUGGACGACGCCAUCGAUGACGCCACCGGCAUGGAAGACGAGGAGGAGAGUGAAGACGUCGUCAACCAGGUCCUAGAUGAAAUAGGCAUCGAUCUUGGCCAGGCUCUUGGCGAGACGCCCAGCGGACUGCAGAAGAACGCAGUACCUGAAGCCAGGGUGGCGCAGGCUGUCGGCGGCGGCGGAGCUGACCCGGAUGAUGACGAUCUUCAGGCACGCUUGGACAGCUUGAGGAGGUGA